AUGGUGACCGUCGAUGGCGUAGAAGUCAUCAUGGCGCCGCCAGACGGCUAUGUGGUGAAUUUUGCCAAUCCACCGCAAAUCGGGAAAACAGAAAUAGUCUCCGUCAUCAUUGUAGAGAAUAUUCUUGCUUUUGCCUUUCUUUGCCAGCGUCUUUAUACAAAAAUAUUUCUCCUGAAGAAGUUCCAGAUUGAGGAUGCCACCGUGCUCUUCGCCUGGGCAACUUCAGUAGGCACACAAGCGGAAUUGCUGCGACUAUACGUAGUCAAGGCCGUAGGCGUUCACGCCUACGAGAUGCCCUUGGAGAGGUAUCAGUAUUUUAGUCGUGUCAUCUUCGCAGCACCCUUGGUCUACACCUUUACAGUCGCAUCGGCCAAGGCUACCCUCUGUCUCUUCUACCGGCGGUUGUCUCCAUUCAAGACGUAUCAGAUAUUCGUCUGGAUCACCAUGUUUCUCUGCGUGGGCUCGUCAAUGGCCAUCUUUUUCAGCCUCGUGUUUGCCUGCAAACCGAUAGCGGCCAGUUGGGACCCGCAACUGGCACAAAUAGCACAAUGCCUUCACAGGCCUGCGAUAUACGUCGCUACAGCUGGGAUUGGGGUGUUUACUGAUGUCAUUCUCCUCGCUCUCCCGGUUCCAGUCAUUGUUGGCUUGAACAUGCCUACGCGACAGAAAAUAAUUGUUCUGUUCUUGUUUGCCAUCGGAUCCAUUACCCUCGUCACAUCGAUUGUCCGGCUGGUGAUAUUAUUACCAAGUCUCACGGACCAAGACCAAACCUACGCCUUGACGAAAGGCACACUCUGGAUUUGCAUAGAAUCAAAUCUCCUCAUCAUGUGCUGCUGCCUCCCGACCCUGCGGCGAUUCUUCCACCACAUUGCACCCUCCAUCAUUGGCGAAAGGAGUUCAGGUGCCAAAUCCUCGUCAAAAGGACUGGAGCGACCCGGCAUACGGACAUUCGGAAGCGGUCCUCUGCAACCCAAGGGCGCGAAAUACCAAUUGGACACGUUGAUGCACACACGCGUCGACGAGUGCGAUGAUAAUGACGGGAGGCAUAGUUUGCGACCGGAUGAACACCACCAUGUAACAAACAUUCGCGGCGGAACGGACUCGCAAUCGUCGAAUGGAGAUCAAAAUGCGGGCUAUGAAAGCGACGAUCCGAUAUUGAAACCGAUAUCAAAGACAGUCACGGUGCAAGUAACCUACGAGCCAAACAAAAGGCCUUGA